AUGGAAAUUCAGCAUCAGCUUCAUUACCCGCUUUAUUCAAACCUCCUGGCAACAGGACAAUAUUCUCAUUACACAAAUAAUCAAAUCGAGAAUUCUACUAUAUAUUCAGACAUCUUAACAAAUCCUGUCACGAUGGUUGGCACAGGAAAUUUGCCUUCUUUAUCAGUUAAUAGUAAUCAAGAAUUUUCAAAUCAUCCUAUUCAUACACCAUUAUCAAAUGAAAAUUUUUUUAAUACCUCAUCAAUAUCUCUUGCAAAUGGUGGAGAAAAUAUAUCAUCAACCUUGUUUUCUACUGAAACGUAUCAGCCUUUGGCUAAAAUUGAUAAUUCUAAUAUUUCUUUAUUAAAUGUAAGUUAUUGA